UGUUGUGAUAAACUUAUUAAAUAGAUUCCUGUGCACGCAAACAAUGCCUAAGAAUAAAGGAAAGGGAGGAAAAAACAGACGGAGAGGAAAAAACGAAAAUGAGCCUGUCAAAAGAGAGUUGAUUUAUGCUACCCAUGACCAGGCGUAUGCCAAAGUGACGCAAAUGCUGGGAAAUGGUCGCUUACUUGCCGAAGACCUAGGUGAUUCCGGAAAGAAGAGGCUGUGUCACAUAAGAGGGAAGCUUCGAAAGAAAGUAUGGAUCAAUGCUGGUGACAUCAUCCUACUCAGUCUGAGAGAGUUUCAAGAUGAAAAAGCGGACGUGGUCGCCAGAUAUCUUCCGGAGGAGGCGAAGCGGCUGCAGAAGGAGGGCGAGAUCUCAGCUAACGUCGACUUGUCAACCUUGGUCGAGGGCAACAAUCAGUCGAAUCAGGACUAUGCUGACAUCGCUUUUGCGGCCGGGGACGAUUCAGACGACGAGGACAAAAACAUACAUCGAAACGUGGACUUCCCACAACAGCCACAUGCAAAUCUGCCGUUGAGCGAAUCGGAGAGCGAGGAAGAGGAGGACGAGGACGAGGAUUUAAUGAAUUACAACAAUGAGAAACUGUCAAACUUCGUGCUCGACUCGGACUAGUUCUUUGUUCUGCUCUGAUAAUAGGUUAAUUACAGCUGUUCUCAGUUUUGAUAUGUUGUUGCAACAUCAAAUGCAUUUUAUGAAUUUUAACAUCACAUUGAAACAGAAAAUAAAUUAGUUGGAACAAUUCAACCAAGAUUUUACGUUGCAGCUUUGUGUUAAUUGAAGUAUUGAUAGCUGAAUUUUGGUUAUUAUUUAAAAAAGCGAGCUAAUUUUUAAAGAAUGUGUGCUUGCUUUAUUAUGCUUUCUUCGAAUGAAGAGCCUUCGGAUCAGACGAUAAAACACAAGUUGAUACAAUAUUUCGAAGCAUUUAAAAAAAGAUACAGAUACUUGUUUGUGAUAUGAUAUCUACUCAUCCGUUUGUCACUCACAUUCAUUUCAUAAGAUGAGGAAUAGUUGUGAAAAGGGAGAUUAAGUGUAUGAACACAGACGAAGGCAAAAAGAAAGAUGGCUUCAGUAACCUUUUUAUAAACAUCAAUUUUUUAUAUUUUAUAAUAACACUAGCACUAAUAGGAGUGGCGAACGGUGCAGGUGGAGAAAUACAAGCUCUUUAAAUGUGCUCGUCUGCUUCAAUAUUUGUCAAAUUGUGUUUAUUUAUUCCCAAGGGCACUGCAGUUUUUGGAAUUGAGGCUUUAAAAUGUCUUUGAUGUGUUUUUAGCGAAGAUGCAAAAAAGGUAUAUUUGUAAAGUGACAUUCAUUUUCCUCUCCAUCAUGAUCUCCUCAAAUUUUUCAAUUCAACAAAUGACAGCA